CGAAACUUGUGACGUCACAAUACCGGCCAUAUUGCCAAUACCGAAUGUCAAAUCAAUGGGAUGGUCUAAAAAACAAACUUAUUAUUUAUAUUAAUUUUAAGAAAGAAUUUUAGUUUUUAUAUGGUGAUUGAACUGUUGUUGGGUAGUUUAAAGGGGUAAAUUGUAUUGUUUUUAGUUAUUAGUAGAAUUUUUUAACGUCAGCUGUCAAUUCUUAAGGUGUUGAAAAACAGGUGAAUUUGUUCAGGCCAGAAAUUUAUCAGUGAAUUUAAUACCAUACUAAUUAUCGUUGUGAAUAAUUGUGUUUUUAAAUAUCCUUAGCGUUGAUUGAAUUUUUAAUUCAGUUUGAAAUGGACAUUCAAUUAAAAUAAAGUGUGUUAUUAACAGAUUUUAACCUGAUUUUCUCGUAUUGUGAAAAGAGUAAAAACAUCAAACAUGAAUGCCUCUGACCAUGGAUUUAAUCCCGCAUUUAACAUGGCCACUAUUAAACAGGUUGUUAAUGAGGCUAUUGAAAGAGUUCGAAUGCCGACUCCAAUGCGACUUAGAGAUUUAAUUCGACAAAUUAGAGCUGCAAGAACUGCAGCAGAAGAACGUAGUGUAGUUAACAAAGAAUGUGCCUACAUUAGAUCAACAUUUAGAGAGGAAGAUUCAGUAUGGAGAUGUCGAAAUAUUGCCAAGCUGUUGUACAUUCACAUGUUGGGAUAUCCAGCACACUUUGGCCAAUUAGAAUGUUUAAAAUUGAUAGCUAGUUCUAGAUUUACUGACAAGAGGAUAGGUUAUUUGGGUGCUAUGCUUUUACUAGACGAACGUCAAGAUGUACAUUUGUUGAUAACCAAUUGCCUUAAAAAUGACUUGAAUUCAGCUACACAAUUUGUUGUUGGACUAGCACUAUGCACUUUGGGAGCCAUCGCUUCUCCAGAAAUGGCUAGAGAUUUAGCGGGAGAGAUAGAGAGAUUAAUGAAAUCGCCCAACGCCUACAUUCGUAAAAAGGCAGCUUUAUGUGCAUUCCGUAUUAUAAAAAGAGUGCCUGAAUUGAUGGAAAUUUUUCUACCGGCUACAAGGAGUUUACUAUCUGAAAAAAAUCACGGUGUUUUAAUAACUGGUGUUACAUUAAUAACAGAAAUGUGUGAAAAUAGUCCCGAUACUUUGAAUCAUUUCAAAAAGAUAGUGCCAAAUCUAGUGAGGAUAUUGAAAAAUCUGAUUUUGGCAGGAUAUUCACCAGAACAUGAUGUAUCCGGUGUAAGCGAUCCAUUUCUUCAGGUGAAAAUAUUAAAGCUUCUUCGAGUAUUGGGAAUCAAUGAUGCCGAUGCCUCAGAAGCUAUGAAUGAUAUUCUAGCACAAGUCGCAACGAAUACGGAAACCAGUAAAAAUGUUGGAAAUACUAUUUUGUAUGAAACUGUUUUAUCCAUUAUGGACAUAAAAUCUGAAAGUGGUCUAAGAGUUUUAGCUGUAAACAUCCUCGGUAGAUUCCUGCUGAAUAAUGAUAAGAAUAUUCGAUAUGUUGCUUUGAAUACCCUUUUAAGAACUGUGCAUGUAGAUACCUCUGCAGUCCAAAGGCAUCGAACAACCAUAUUAGAAUGUCUAAAAGAUCCCGAUGUUUCAAUAAGAAAAAGAGCAAUGGAAUUAUCUUUCGCUUUGGUCAAUUCUCAAAAUAUCAGAACUAUGAUGAAAGAACUUUUGACUUUUCUAGAAAAGACCGAUCCCGAAUUUAAAGCUCAGUGUUCAAGUUCUAUAGUUAUGGCAGCGGAAAAGUACGCGCCUAAUAAGAGAUGGCAUUUGGAUACUCUACUGAAAGUAUUGAUAGCAGCUGGUAACUACGUUCGUGACGAUGUAAUAACAUCAACUAUCCAGUUGAUUUCUGAAAGUACUAGUCAACAGGCCUACGUCAGUUUGCAAUUGUACAAAGCAUUGUCGGAGGAUCUCUUUAAUAAGCAACCUCUAACUCAAGUUGCGGUUUGGGCAAUAGGGGAAUUUGGAGAUUUGUUAUUACAAGCAUCUCCCGAUGAAGAUAACAUUGUUGUUCCUCCAACAGAGGAAGAAGUUAUAGAUGUUUAUCAGAAAUUGUUGUGGUCACCUCAGAAUACAGUUAUGACGAAACAAUAUACUCUUAUGAGUUUAACCAAACUCAGUACUAGGUUCAAUAAUACUAACAACAAAAUUCAACAAAUAAUAAGUUCUUUCUGUUCGAGUCUACACGUUGAAUUGCAACAAAGAGGUGUUGAAUAUUCGCAACUUUUCGGUAAAUAUUCUCAUUUAAGGCCGGCUUUGUUGGAAAGAAUGCCUCCCAUGGAGCUUACCAGGUCUCAGUCAGCAAAUCAAACCAAUGGAGAUGCUAGCGAUUCGGAACCAAGAUCAAACGAAGACAGUCCUCAGCAUACAGUGAAUAGUGAAUCUAAUACAUUAUUGGAUCUGUUGGGAGGGAUAGAUAGUUCGACAGAUUUGGACGUAAUCAAAAUGAAUUCGCAACCAGUAGCGCCACCUAUUUCGAACGCAAACAAUCAAGAUCUGUUGGAUUUGUUGGGGCUUGGUCCGAUUUCGAGUACGCCGACGACAGAUGCGGGCGGAAAUAAUUUGGGAUUAAUUAUGGAGAAUAAUAAUAGCAACAUUUUAAUUAAUAAUCAGAAUUCUAAUUUCCUAUCGGGAGAUCUAUUUGGUGAUAGUAAUACAAGUAAAGAAAGGAACGUGCCUACAUUAACUGCCUAUGAUAAAGAUGGAUUAAAAAUAGUAUUUUCAUUAGAUAAAACAGCCGAUAGUACGUUAUCUGUAACUGUCAAUACAACAAACUAUACCUUAUCAACUAUGACUGAUUAUAUAUUCCAAGUAGCUGUUCCUAGGACAUUCCAGUUACAAAUGUUGUCACCGUCAGGAACGGUUUUAGAGCCUAAUGGUCAUGUUACUCAAGAUUUAAGAGUAACAAAUCCUAGUAGGAAUACUCUGAGAAUGAAAGUGAGACUGUCUUAUCUAAUUGACGGCAAUCCUGUUCAGGAUCAGAUAGAAGUUAACAAUUUUCCAGCGGACAUUUGGGAUUGACGGAGAAAAUACGGAUAAAGGCAAUCGUCCCACGUCUUGUUGAAUAUUUAUAUUUAUAUUAAAUUUUUAAGUCUAUUUUUAUUAUAGACUUGUAUGCAGGGUAAAUCAAUAACAUAUCAGAAUUUAGUUUUAAUAUAGUCUACAAUCAUUUCACCCCAUAACCCCAUUUUAAUCUUAGCAAAGGACCUUUGUAUAGAUCAGACGACAUCUUCCCAGCCACCUCAGACGCGCCCCCUUUUCUCAGCUCGGUAUUCCUUCAGAUCCUCCACGAACCGUUCCCAGCAGUUCAAAAUCCGCUAACUUGUCGUCCUCAUAGUCCGUGUCUCGUAUCCGUAUGUGACUACGGGUCUUGUGGGCUUUGUGAGAGCCCUCUAAACUUGAGCGCUUCCUGGACUACCUAGAAGCAUCUGUUCUCCGCAGCAACACUUACCUUGAUCUUUGUUACACACAACCAAAACGGAACUUCUACUGUCAAAAAUAAUAUGUUAUUUAUACAAAGUUAAAAACAGUAGACAAAACGCUGCCGAAUCACCUGCAGUGUUGCCAAUUUUAUUUUUAUCUUGAUUUUGUUUAAAAUAAGGUUGGAGUACCAAAGUAUUUAUGUGGUGGAUUGGGACACCAUGUUCUCUUCCAUUCCAUUUUCACACCUUUUCAGUUUUUGGAAGUUAAUUUCAUUUCCUCCAUAGUUUUGUUUUUUUUCUACCCUAUAGUCAUUUCUAGGUCUUCACCUCCAUUAGUUUCCUGGUCAUUCUCUGUGUUGCUUUCAAAAGGUACCCUCAGGUCUAUAUUUAAUGGAUGUACUUCUACAUCUCAAUUUUUUUUUGGUCUAGAAAAACAAGAAUUGAAAAAAUUCUGAUAUUAUUGGUUUAUCCUGUAUAAAUCUGAAAAUAACAAGAUUUUCUAUGAUUCUAGAUUUAAUUAUAUUUAGUGAGACAAACACUUUGUAAAUAGUUUUAACAGUUGAGUACUUAACGUUCGAUUUAAAUCAAUUCCGAUUUUUUAAUUAAUCUAAAUCUCAUUUGAUUUUAAAUUCUGAUCAAUCUGAGUUAGUGCCUCUAUUUUGUAGAUUGUGAUGAGUAUAGUAUUUUUAGCAUUAAAACUUAUAGAGGGCGUUAAGGCGGAAGGAAAUAAGGACCAAGUCCUCUCGUGAAAAAGAAUCGCAUUCUAUAUAAAUCCAAGUUUAUUAAUUUUUAUGAUAAUUUUGCUCGUUAUUUGUACAGAAUUUGUAUGAUUUUGACCAUCUUCAACAUAAGAAAAAUGCAUAAUUUCCAAUAAUUAGACAUAUCUCAUUUGUAAUAUUAACACAAGUGGACUAAGAAAUUCCUAGGCUUGCGCAGAAAAUUUUUUGAAUAGAAUUUAUUAUUCGAUAUAGUAUCCUCUUCAUUGGUGCAAAAUAUCUGUCCAAUAAGCAUCCUCUUGAGAGGUUUAAGAACAGAUGCAGAGGAUACAGUUAACGACGAAGCAAUUUGAAACCUAAUUCGUGCAACCGGGGCAGUUUUUCGUGAUUUUUUUUAUGGUUUUGAGUAGCUUCAUCACUUGCACUACACACCAUAUUUUAUUUAUUGAUGAUUUAAUAACUCCAAACAUUGCAUCAUCAAUUCGUUGUUAUCCGUGGUCGAUUGUGAGCUCGUGUUGAUUUCAUCUCGUUUUCCCACUUAUUGAAAUUGGUUUAACCAUUUCAAGGAUGUCUUCAUCUUCUGAUGAUGAAAAUCAAAAUUUCUGGCCAAGGGACCCUCGAAACUAUAGAAUACGAUUUGUUCAUCUGACACGUUGGAGUAAAAAGGAAUUUAGAGUAAGAUUUCGUCUUUGAUUGGAUUAGAUGAGCUAGAUAGUGAAUCUAACUCGCUAACACUUUGAUCUACUGUGUAUCCUGGAACAGUCAAGCAGCAAUGACUUUGUAAAGUGUUUGUCUGGACUUUAAAAAGCUUCAAUGUAAGUACCUUAGUCUUCGAUUAUGGAUUGCCUCGUACUCACAAAGGGGGUGUUCGGUGGUUUCAUUUAAUUCCUUACUAAAACGACAAAAGUUGUCUAUGGACAUCUUCACUAGCAAGAAGUGUUUGAUGGUUUCCUCGGGCUCCUUGCAGAAACGACAAAAACUGUUGGAAGUUUUUCCGAUGUUCUUCAUAUGGUAGUGUCCAGUAAGCAUACCAAUACUCUUCUUACUUCGUCUUUGUUCAAUGAAAGUGCCUUUUGAGACCAAUUUGUGAAAUAGGAAACAAAAUUUUUUGAUUGUUUCCGAUCUAGGGUCACGUUUCUUAUUUCUUCUCGUUUUUCCAGUUCUUUAUAACCAUGACUUGAUGGCUUUUUGGGAAACCUAUGAAAGUUACUGUAAUCCGAUCUGGCCAGGUACCCACAUAAGAGUAACUUUAUUGUUGGUUCCCGUUGAGUUAAAAAAUUCGAUGCAGUCUCAUACUAGCUUUGAUCAAUUUUAUUAUCGAGCUAAACUUAGGUUUUAACAGUAUUAACAUAACAAAAACUAAUUUUACAAACCACUAAAAGUUGUUUCACUUCAAAAUGCUGUAACUCACAAACUAAUAGUCAGCCUAAGAAUUUUUUUAACCCACCUUUUAAUUUAUUCGUUAUUUUAAGCAAAUUAGAUCCAAAUUUAUAAAGCUUAAUUUUAUUUCUUUUAAGUUAAUCGAUUAGCCAGAAACUGUUAUAAUUAUCAUAUUUUGAUUUACUAAAGAUUUCACUUUUUCCUUCUUACCCACGACCAUUUAUACGGGGUCUAUAAAUUAUUAUUGGUAGCUUUUGCUAUACAAACAUUAUUUAUUAAUUUGGUGGAUGAGAUUUAUGUUAUAAUACAGUUACAUUUUCACUUUUCUGAAUAUUCCUUUAUAGCAUGGGUGGGCAAAUACUUUUAAGCGCGGGCCAUAAUGAAAUUUUUAAAAUGUCUCCCGGGCCGGAGGAUUAUAUCGCGUACACGCGAAUGUUUUAGAUGAAGUUUUUAUUCCUUUCAAAUAUAUGUUUAUGACAAAAACACUAUAAGUAUCAUUUUAAAGUAUUUGGACAGAAAAAUUUGGCUAAUAAGAAUUAUCCACUUUUUAAAUUUAUUAUUAAUUAUAAUACAUCGAAAAAGUGGACAAUUUAUUAUUACUAUUAUAUCUAUUAAUAUUGUUGAAUAAUAAUUUAUUAUAUUUGCAAAAUCAAGAUUAGUCUUAAAAUUAGUAUGCGAUAAGUGCUAAAUCAAAAUAAACUCCUGCUACGAGUGCACGUUCAAUUCUAUGUAUUAAGCCAACCACCUUUGCGAAAUUAUUUUUGAUUCUAUUAAAAUCGCUUAUAAGUUAAGGCCGGAUUCCGCCCGAGGGCUUGUUUUUUUGUCAACCCCUGCUUUAUACCCUGGUAUAUAUUAUUCGGUCUUUAUUUAAGGCUUGAUUUAUUAUACCGUGUUAUUUGCGUCCAUAAUAUUAAUUAGGCCAAUAAAUUGUAAAUAUUAUUACAAA